AAGAGGAGCAAGGGUAGGGUGGGUGACAGCGGCUUUGAACCUCGGAAGAAGUUGGCACCACCCAGCUGGGAUCCUGCUGUUCCUAUCAACCUCCUGCUGGCCCUCAGGGAGGUAGCACGGAGCUGGGGACACCGGUGUGGGCAAACAUGUGCAGAAACAGCUAGAGGCCUUGGGACAGGUUAUCGUGUGGUCCAAGAGCAGAGAGACAAGGCAAGGGGCGCCUUGGACCAUGGCAGCCUCCAGCCUGGACUUCGGGGAGGUGGAAACUUUUCUGGAUAGGCAUCCAGAGUUGUUGGAAGACUAUUUGAUGCGGAAAGGGAAGCAGGAGCUGGUGGACAAGUGGCUACAAAGGCACAGUCCGGGAGAGGGGGCUUCAGGCCUGAAGCCUGCCCUGGCUGGCACUGGCAGCUUGGCUCAGGGUAGUGGCAGAGGCAGCACUGGGAAUGCUGGUGUUGCUGGACCACAGGGCUCUGCUAACAGCCAUCCCAUGCCCAGUGGUGGGGAAAGUGCUGGGGUUCCCCUGAGCCCCAGCUGGGCCAGUGGCAGCCGGGGCGAUGGGAACCUGCAGCGGAAAGCUUCGCAGAAAGAGCUGCGGAAGAGCUUUGCCCGCUCCAAAGCCAUUCAUGUGAACAGGACCUACGAUGAACAGGUGACCUCCCGGGCCCAGGAGCCCAUGAGCAGUGUCCGGCGGAGAGCCCUGCUCAGGAAGGCCAGCUCUCUGCCCCCCACCACAGCCCACAUUCUCAGCGCCCUGCUGGAAUCGAGGGUGAAUCUGCCUCAGUACCCCCCUACGGCCAUCGACUACAAAUGCCACCUCAAAAAGCAUAACGAACGCCAGUUUUUUCUGGAACUGGUGAAGGACAUUUCCAAUGACCUUGACCUCACCAGCCUAAGCUACAAGAUCCUCAUCUUUGUCUGUCUCAUGGUGGACGCUGACCGUUGCUCUCUCUUCUUAGUGGAGGGGGCAGCUGCUGGCAAGAAGAGUUUGGUCUCCAAAUUUUUUGAUGUGCACGCAGGAACCCCACUCCUCCCAUGCAGCAGCACAGAGAACUCAAACGAGGUGCAGGUCCCCUGGGGCAAAGGCAUCAUUGGCUAUGUCGGGGAGCACGGAGAGACAGUCAACAUUCCUGAUGCCUAUCAGGACCGAAGAUUCAAUGACGAGAUCGACAAGCUCACUGGGUACAAGACAAAAUCGCUCCUGUGCAUGCCAAUCCGGAGCAGCGAUGGAGAGAUCAUCGGUGUGGCCCAAGCAAUAAAUAAGAUUCCUGAGGGUGCUCCAUUUACGGACGAUGACGAAAAAGUUAUGCAGAUGUACCUUCCCUUCUGUGGAAUCGCCAUAUCUAAUGCUCAGCUCUUUGCUGCCUCGAGGAAAGAAUACGAAAGAAGCAGGGCUUUGCUAGAGGUAGUCAACGACCUCUUCGAAGAACAGACUGACCUGGAGAAGAUCGUCAAGAAAAUAAUGCACCGGGCCCAAACCCUGUUGAAAUGUGAACGCUGUUCGGUUUUACUUCUAGAAGACAUUGAAUCGCCAGUGGUGAAGUUUACCAAAUCCUUUGAACUGAUGUCCCCAAAGUGCAGCGCCGAUGCUGAGAACAGUUUCAAAGAAAGCAUGGAGAAGUCGUCUUACUCCGACUGGCUGAUAAACAACAGCAUCGCCGAGCUGGUUGCUUCGACAGGCCUUCCUGUGAACGUCAGCGACGCGUACCAGGACCCGCGCUUUGACGCUGAGGCUGACCAGAUAUCUGGUUUUCACAUAAGAUCUGUUCUCUGUGUCCCUAUCUGGAACAGCAACCACCAAAUAAUUGGGGUCGCUCAAGUGCUGAACAGACUCGAUGGGAAACCUUUUGAUGAUGCAGACCAGCGGCUUUUUGAGGCUUUUGUCAUCUUUUGUGGCCUUGGUAUCAACAACACAAUUAUGUACGAUCAAGUGAAGAAGUCCUGGGCCAAGCAGUCUGUGGCUCUUGAUGUGCUGUCGUACCACGCCACGUGUUCCAAGGCCGAAGUCGACAAGUUUAAGGCAGCCAAUAUCCCUCUGGUGUCAGAGCUGGCCAUCGACGACAUUCAUUUUGAUGACUUUUCCCUUGACGUUGACGCCAUGAUCACAGCUGCCCUCCGGAUGUUCAUGGAGCUGGGCAUGGUACAGAAAUUUAAAAUCGACUACGAGACCCUGUGCAGGUGGCUUCUGACAGUGAGGAAGAAUUACCGAAUGGUUCUCUACCACAACUGGAGACAUGCCUUCAAUGUGUGCCAGCUAAUGUUUGCCAUGCUCACCACUGCUGGGUUUCAAGAGAUUCUGACCGAGGUGGAAAUUUUGGCGGUGAUUGUGGGAUGCCUGUGUCAUGACCUCGACCACAGGGGAACCAACAACGCCUUCCAAGCUAAGAGUGACUCUGCGCUGGCCCAGCUCUACGGGACAUCGGCCACCUUAGAGCAUCACCAUUUUAACCACGCUGUGAUGAUCCUUCAGAGUGAGGGUCACAACAUCUUCGCUAAUUUGUCCUCCAAGGAAUACAGUGACCUCAUGCAGCUUCUGAAGCAGUCGAUACUAGCCACCGACCUCACGCUGUACUUUGAGAGAAGAACUGAGUUCUUUGAGCUUGUCAGCAAAGGAGACUACGAUUGGAACAUCAAAAGCCACCGUGAUGUGUUUCGAUCAAUGUUAAUGACAGCCUGUGACCUUGGAGCCGUGACCAAACCGUGGGAGAUCUCCAGACAGGUGGCUGAACUUGUAACCAGCGAGUUCUUUGAACAAGGAGAUCGGGAGAGGUCGGAACUCAAGCUCACUCCCUCGGCUAUUUUUGACCGGAACCGGAAAGACGAACUGCCUCGCUUGCAGCUGGAGUGGAUUGACAGCAUCUGCAUGCCUUUGUAUCAGGCCUUGGUGAAGGUCAACGCCAAACUGAAGCCAAUGCUGGAUUCAGUGGCUGCCAACCGAAGGAAGUGGGAAGAGUUACAUCAGAAAAGACUGCAGGUCUCCGCCGCCUCCCCAGUCCCUGCGAGUCUCACCGUGGCGACGGGCGAGGAUAGGAUGUAAAGCACCCAGAGCCUCUGUGCGACCCUGCGGCCUGGAGGGUCCUCUGCAGCCUGAAGGAUCCGCUGCAGCAGCCGCAUCUUUCCGCUCAGGCAGUCCAAAAGUGCAGACUGUAUAGACCGGACCCGGAAGCGCACCCGGAAGUGUGCUUGGUGGCAGAGGACUGGAAGGAUGAAAGACAGAGGCCGGCAGAGAGCUUGACCCUCCACUUCCCAUGAUGAACCCACACUGCUGGAUUUGGAUCCAUGAGCCUGAGGGCUAUCAGCCCCACUCGUUCAGAGUUGAGGGGACACCGUGGUAAAAGUGUCGC